UUUCUGAUAACAGACGUGCUGCUUUGAUUGCGUUCCGAGAAGAACAAUCACGUUAUUUGGCCAAUAGUUACCUUUGUAAGUCAAUCGUUGGAAUUCGUAGCUCGAAAUGUCUUCGAUGGCGGCACUUAAACUGUGCAGAAGUCAACUGACUAGAAUCGUGUGGCGUUACAGUAGCGUUGGACAAACGUACAAACCCAGACUACUCAACGCUGCACCGUCAUUAAGUGUGUCCAUCAGAAACUUUACACCGAAUCCCAAUGUGGACGAUAGUGUUAACAACCAAAGCACUGGUGAAAAGUUGGAAUUUCAAGCAGAAACGCGUAUGUUGUUAGAUAUUGUGGCCAAGUCAUUGUAUUCAGAAAAAGAGGUUUUUAUCAGAGAAUUGGUUUCAAAUGCCAGCGAUGCACUGGAAAAACUACGCUAUCUUAGUUUAACAGAAGGCAAAUCGCAUGAUCUUGGAAAUUUAGAAAUAAACAUAACCACCGAUAAAACAAACAGAAUAUUAACGAUUCAAGAUACAGGAAUUGGAAUGACUAGAGAAGAAUUAGUGUCCAAUUUGGGUACUAUAGCUAAAUCUGGUUCUAAAGCAUUCAUGCAGCAAGUUCAAGAAAGUAAUUCGACAAAUAUAUCGUCAAUCAUUGGUCAAUUUGGUGUUGGAUUUUACAGUUGCUUUAUGGUUGCUGAUAAAGUUGAAGUUUAUACUAAAUCAAUGAAUCCUAAUGCUACUGGAUACAUUUGGAAAUCAGAAGGAACAAAUGUUUAUGAAAUAUCAGAAGCUGAUAAUGUAGAUAGAGGCACAAAAAUUGUUAUGUAUCUUAAACCUGAUUGUCGUGAAUACGCUUCAGAAGACACUGUUCGUAGUGUCAUAAACAAAUACAGUAAUUUUGUAAAUUCUCCGAUUAAAUUAAAUGGAUCUGAAAUAAAUACAAUACAACCAUUAUGGUUACUUAAUCCAAAAUCUGUAACCAAAGAACAACAUGAUGAGUUUUUCAAAUUUGUAGCCAAUACUUAUGAUAGACCAAGGUUUGUGUUGCAUUAUUCAGCUGAAGCACCAAUUCAAGUGCGUGCUCUACUAUACUUCCCAGAACUAGCACCAGGUCAAACUGAUUUUUAUGAUAGCUCUACUAAAGGUGUUUCACUCUAUACUAGACGUAUUUUGGUUAAAAAAGAAGCUGAAAAUGUACUUCCUAAAUGGCUUCGUUUUGUGAAAGGUGUUAUUGAUUCCGAAGAUAUUCCAUUAAAUUUGAGUAGAGAAAUGUUGCAAAAUUCUUCAUUACUUAGAAAGUUAAAUCAAUUAUUGACCAGUAAAAUUGUGAGAUUCUUACAUGAUAAAUCAAUAAAAGAUCUCGAUGAGUAUAUGAAGUUUUAUCAGGACUAUGGUGUAUUUAUAAAAGAAGGAGUUGUGACAAAUGAAGAUCCUAAUGAACGAGAAAAUCUUGCUAGUCUUUUGAGAUAUGAAUCAUCAUUUACCAAACCUGGCGAAACUACAUCUUUUGAAGAAUACAUAAAGAGGAGACAAGAAGGUCAAAAUGAUAUUUACUAUUUAUCUGCUCCUAAUCGUGCCUUAGCUGAAACUUCUCCGUACAUAGAAGCAUUAAAAAAGAAAAACGUUGAAGUAAUUUAUUGUUAUGAACCACAUGAUGAAAUAAUUUUAUAUCAAGUUAAAACAUUUAAAAAUGUCAAACUCACUUUGGUUGAAAAAGAAGUUAACACUGCUAAUAAUCAGGAUUCACAGACUACCGAUUAUGGUACUGACAGUUUGAGCCAGUUACAAUUAGAUUCAUUAUUGCCUUGGAUUGAAUCAGUACUAGGUCCUAAAGUAAAAAAAGUGAAAGCUACUGGACAAUUAGAUAGCCAUCCAUGCAUAAUUACUGUUGAUGAUAUGACUGCUGCUAGACAUUUUAUUAAAACUCAAUUAAAACAAAUGGAUGAAGAAAUGUUGUUUUCAGUUUUACAGCCUCGAUUUGAAUUGAAUCCCAAGCACAUAGUCAUCAAAAAAUUACAUUCAUUAAAAGAUUCAAAUCCAGAUUUAGCUAAAUUAAUUGUUGAACAGUUAUACAGUAACUCAAUGGUAACAGCUGGCCUUAUUAGCGAUUCAAGAAAAUUGGUGUCCAACAUGAAUCGUCUUCUUGAAUUAGUUAUGGAAAAAUAUUAAGUUGUGGAUUCAUUGUUUAUAAAUAUCCUCAUUUUGUAAAUAUUA